AUGAGAUUCGGACUUUCUACCGCCUACGCCCUGGCGUUGGUAACCGGUGCUUGGGCAGCACCAUCGACCGUGACAGCUCGUCAGAACUCCCCAUUCAACACGGCAGCGAUCACCGACUUUGCCGAACCAUGGGCUCUUGCUUUCCUGCCCGAUAACCGCAUCCUCGUAACCGAGAAGAGGGGCCAGCUGCGUCUUGUUGAUCCAAACACCAAGGCCAAGGGCACCAUCACCGGUGUGCCUUCAGUCCGCUACGGAGGCCAGGGUGGAUUCGGAGACGUCGCCCUGCACCCCCGCUUCUCUGAGAACAACCUGGUAUACAUCAGCUAUGCCGAAGCCGGCACCGGAGGGUCUGGCGCUGCGGUUGCGCGGGCCAGGCUGGUGCUCAACACCAGCGGCGGCGGCGCUCUGCAAAACGUCGAGGUCAUCUGGCGCCAGUCGCAAAAGGUCAACGGCGACGGUCACUUCGCCCACCGCAUCCUCUUCGACUCCAACUCUACCCUCUGGAUCUCAUCCGGCGAGAGGCAGCAGUUUGACCCUGCUCAGUCCAUGACUUCCAACCUAGGCAAGAUCAUCCGCUUGAACGACGACGGAACGGUCGCGGCCGGCAACCCGUUCACUGGCACAGUCGGUAGCCAAGUCUGGGCACUGGGUGUCCGCAACCCCCUGGGCAUCGACUUCGACGAGCAGGGCCGUCUUUGGGAGGUUGAGAUGGGACCGAUGGGCGGUGAUGAGCUCAACCUGAUUGAGAGAGGCGGCAACUAUGGGUGGCCGAUUGUGUCCCAGGGCAACCACUACGACGGCCGGCCUAUCCCGAACCACAAUACACGCCCCGAGUUCAUUGCGCCCAAAGCCUUCUGGAACCCCGUCAUCUCCCCAUCCAGCGUGAUUAUCUACAAGGGUGACCUGUUCCGCAACUGGAGGGGCAAUGCCAUCAUCAGUGCCCUCGGAGCUCAGGGCUUGGUGCGCGUGGAGAUUACCGGCAACACGGCGCGGGAGGCUCAGCGCAUCUCACUCGGACGACGCAUUCGCUGUGUCCGACAGGGGUCUGAUGGCGCAUUGUGGGUGCUGGAGGAUGGUGCCGGUGGAAGACUUCUCAAGCUCACUCCCCGUUGA